CAGCCCGGCUGGAGCAUGAAGACCGAGGAGGCACCAUCCUGCUUGCAGCAGGCCACCCCGGUGCUGGGCUUCGGGUCGGACUCCAAAAUGCGGGAGGUUUGUGCCGGCUGUGACACGCCCAUCUCUGACCGGUUCCUCCUGCGAGUCAAUGAGCGUUCCUGGCACGAAGGCUGCGUGAAGUGUGCCGCCUGCCUGCAGCCGCUGUCGGGCACCUGCUACUGUCGCAACCGUCAGCUAUACUGCAAGCACGACUACGAGAAGCUCUUCCAGACCAAGUGCAGCAGCUGCCUGAAGGCGAUUGCCCCGUCUGAAUUCAUCAUGCGGGUGCUGGAGAACGUCUACCACGUCCACUGCUUCUUCUGUUGCGAGUGCGAGCGGCGUCUGCAGCGUGGGGACGAGUUUGUGCUCAAGGAGGGGCAGCUGCUGUGCCGCAGCGACUAUGAGAAGGAGAAGGAGAUGCUGAGCGCCAUCAGCCCUGCGCCCACUGAGUCUGUGAAAAGCGAGGAUGAGGAUGGCAGCCACUCCCACAGCAGAGGCAGCGAGGAAGGCAAGGACCACAAGCGCUCCAAGCGCCCACGCACCAUCCUCACCACUCAGCAGCGACGGGCUUUCAAGGCCUCCUUUGAGGUUUCCUCCAAACCCUGCAGAAAGGUGAGAGAGACCCUCGCAGCUGAGACAGGCCUGACGGUCCGGGUGGUGCAGGUCUGGUUCCAGAAUCAAAGAGCCAAGAUGAAGAAGAUCGCUCGCAGGCAGCAGCAGCAGCAGCAACAGCAGGAGCAGGAGCAGCUGGGCAACCCGCGUUUGGGGACCGGCCGUGGAACUGGCCGCAGCAGCAGACAGAGCAAUGAUGACAGUGAAGAUGGAGCGAGUGUUCACGGACUAGAUGGGCUCAUGGUCCCCUAUCCCAGGAUUCCCCAGCAGCAGCUGCUGCCGCUAGAUCAGAACAGCUACAGCACAGACUUGUACCGACAAGGGCUCACGCCGCCCCAGCUGCCGGGAGACCAUCUGCAUCCCUACGACUCGGAAGGCGUUUUCCAUGACAUGGACAGCGACAGCAUCAGCCACUUGGGAGACUGCCUGCUGUCAACAGCCGAAGCCAACCUCCUCCAAGCCCGAGUGGGUAACCCCAUUGACCGACUCUACUCAAUGCAGAGCUCCUACUUCACCUCCUGACCGUGGAAAAGGUCCUGGUCCUUUUGUGAGUGUCUUGGACAGACGUUGUUCUGAAUUCAGAAUGAGGAGUGGGAAGGAGAAACAGCCCUUCAGAGAAACUCUUUGAACCCUGCACAAUGGAAGAGGCAGCUAGGUUUGCCAAGCACAUAAGCACUAAUUCAUGAGGACCUUCCACAGCCCAGAGGACUCAGCGGCGUUGCCUCUCCCCUCCUUUUCUCUAGCCACAAGUAGAUGGGUGACAUGAUGUUGUUUAGCUGUAACUGUAGCGGUUUGUCCAGUGUUUAUGCUUUAGAGCAUUACAUUCUUCAAACAAGACUGGCCAAGUUGCCCAGAG